AUGAAUCCACCUUCUCACCACUUCAUCCCUCCACUUAUUAACCAGGUCGGAAAUGACGAGGAAGGCGAAGAAACUACAGAGAUUCCCAACACGGGUCAAGAGAAAGAGGCCCCAACAAAGACCACGGAAGCUGUGAAGGUCGAACCAAAAACAGAGACAGAGGUGCCUUCAACUAUGAAGACGCAACAAUCCCAGUCUUUGCCGGCCGCUACAGAGAGUGGUGAUUGCACCAUUACCAAGGCAAUGGCCAAUCUGAGUGUUGCUUCGACAUCGUCUACAACAACAACUACCACUACUACUACGACGUCGACUACAACGACUACCACAGCUUCAUCGAAACCCUCAGUUCUUCAACGACCUUGGGCAGAUCGCCUAUUGGCUGCUGCGAGGGUUCAGCAUGCACAACAGGGAGACAACGCUCAGGCUAUUCUUGAGGACCACUGUUCUCGCAUCUGGGACACGUCAGCCGAUCGGACACCAACAAGUAGUAGUGGUAGUGGAGGCGAUGGUCUUGGUGUAUCCGCCUUACGACCUCGUCUGGAUGCUCCUGGAAAGUCACCCGCACCGAUUGUAGGGACAGCAAAGCAGGCUACAAAGAGGAGAGAGGAGGAGGAGGUGGACGAUGAUUGUAUCCACCCUCCACUGCUUCAGGAGUCCUCCUCUCCACCCAGUGCCACCACAACUACAACUACUAAUUCUUCUACACGUUUCGACUUCCACCAGCAGGUCAAUGAGAGCCAACUAGUUGAUGUCACCUCGAUGCGACUACAAGCACGGUGCACCUCAUCACCAGCGGCAUCUUCAACUGCUACUGGCGGCGGCGGCGGUGGUGGUGGUGGCGGCGGCAGUGUAGGUUCUGGAGGUGGCAGUGGUGGACUGGUUGUUGGUUACUACCUUUGCGAUGAUCCAGUUCCCUAUCGCAGUCAAUGGCCAUCAAAUGUUAUCACUCUGGGACAAUUCAAACAUCUCGUUCCCAAGAAGGGUCUUUUCCGAUUCUUUUUCAAGACCACCUCUGAUGAGUUUGACUCUGGAGUGGUGCAUCAGGAGAUCUCCAAUGAUGAUGCUGUUCUGCCUCUGUGGGAGGGCAAAGUAGUCGCCAAGGUGGAGCGUGUGGAACAGUAG